AUGCAGUAUUACUCCAUAGAGCGCCGCAUUCCAGAAAUCGCCCGAACAAUUCACCAAUCUUUUUCUUCGGAUCCUUUGAUCCAGUGGCUGCGCCCUAAUGCGGUUGCUUGGAUCAAGCAAGAUCAGCGUACACUGAGCUGGCAGUAUCGACGUAUUCAGCGCAUCAUGCUUGAAGGAGAGGUUUUCGGGUCGCUCAGCGUCGAGCAGAUGGCCAUGCAAUACCCACGCCAAAGUCGUGAUGGAGUAUCAGCAGAAGCAAAGCCCGACGUCUCAACAUCUAUGCAUGUUGAAAACAACUCGAUCUCUGGCAAUGAUGCCGGUGCUGUGGUAUUCCUGUUUCCGCCACAGGGACGAAAGUCGUGGAAUAUCCCGCGUGCAUGGCUGGCUUGCAAGCUAUGGGUGCUUGAUCGCUUGAAGCCUGUAGAUGAUAAUGCCAGUGAAAAGCGCGUGGAGAUGCUCCUCGACAAGCAUGAGCACAGUGUACAGUCAUUGCGGAAAAGGUAUCUUUGGAGCAAAUUGUGGUACUUGGAGGUUGUUGCUGUACAUCCCUCGCUGCAAUCACGCGGACUGGGCGGAGGUGUAAUGAGAUGGAUACUGGAGCAUGUCCAAAAUGAGCCGAUUUAUCUCGAGUGCACGCGAAAGGAAAAUAUUGGGUUUUAUCAAAGUUUUGGCUUUGAGGUUGCUGAGGAAGUUGCAAUGAUGGAAGAUCAGGAAGAUUCCAGGCAUUGGGUUAUGGUUCGUCCAGGCGGGCUAUGA